AUGUCUGAAUCUAAAUUCACUUACAUGGAGGAAUGUAAUACUUCCAAAGAAAGCUAUAAAGAAGAUACUUUUAUCAUCAACCAAAUUCUUGAAGGUACUCAAAUCAUACUAAGUGAUAAUGAUGAAAUGGAUAUUCCUAAAGAAAGUUACGAAGUUAACCUUGAAAGUGCUCAAAUUAUGCUAAAUGAUAGUAAUAAAAUGGAUACUCUCGAAGAAAAUUAUGAAGAUGUUUUCACCGUCAACCAAGUUACUCUUGAAAAUGCUCAAAUCAUGCUAAAUUAUGAUGAUGAAAUGGAAGAUUUUAACUGGGAUGAAAAUGAAAAUUCAAGCAUUUACAGUGAACGUGAUAUUCAAGUAGCUUGCAUUGGUGUUCAUAAAUAUCCUGCGUUUACUAAAGGAUCUUUUUCACAAAAAUUACAUUCAGAUUGUAUACGUUAUAUCUGCUCUGAAUGUUUUCAGCAACACGAUGAACAUCUGUAUAAAAGACCAGGUAAACAAAAAGCAGCUAUGGUAUUUAUGUCAUGUACUGAACUUAAGAAGCAUCACAAUGAUACAAGUGAUACUCUAAAACUUAUCAAAAAAUGGUUAAUAUCAGUAGCAAAAUUAGAUAAUCGAGAGCUACAACAAAGACUUUUAUCCAAGAUAUUUUCAUCUAUCAUUAAUAAUACAAUGACAAACUUAUUAGAAAUUCUAAGCAAGCUAGUUGUUGAAAUAGCAAUAAGAAUAAAGAAUAUUAAAUUGAAUAACUUAACUAAAGAAAAGCUUUGUAUAACUCCAGUAAAGGCUUCAAUAAUGGGAGAAAGAUUAGGAAGAGAAGUUUUACGUUCAUACUCUGAAAUUAAAGACAAUAUUGAUCAUUUAGAAAAUCCAAGCUCAUAUGAAAACUAUUUUGAUGCGUUGCCUAAUGUUAUCUGUUGCUUCUUUCAAGAACUCCUUAUG